UCCCAGUCUCGGCCGUGCCGCUGGGAGCGGGCCAGCGCGCUCGCCUCGCCCCUCCGCGAGCCGGGCACCGGGGUCUCCCGGCUUCGGCGCCCGCCCAGGUCCCGCACCGCUGGUACCCUGAAGAGAGUCGCUGGCCGUAGUCGCCGCUGGGGAAGGUAUUUCUGCAUCUUGAAGAUAAAACAAUCUUUUUUGGAAUAAAUGGAUUUUUGUCACUUUCUGUGAAUUAAAGCGAUUCAAUGUCUCUUUUGGAUUGUUUCUGUACUUCAAGAACACGAGUUGAAUCACUCAGACCUGAAAAACAGUCUGAAACCAGUAUCCAUCAAUACUCGGUCAAUGAACCAGCCCUAUCCCGGUUGACUCCAUCCUCUAGAGCCCGUGAAGUGAUAUGUUCCACCAACGUUUCUCACUAUGAGCUCCAAGUGGAAAUAGGAAGAGGAUUUGACAACUUGACUUCUGUCCAUCUUGCACGGCAUACUCCUACAGGAGCACUGGUAACUAUAAAAAUUACAAACCUGGAGAACUGCAAUGAGGAACGCCUAAAAGCUUUGCAGAAAGCGGUGAUUCUAUCCCACUUUUUCCAGCAUCCCAAUAUUACAACUUACUGGACAGUUUUCACUGUUGGCAGCUGGCUUUGGGUUAUUUCUCCAUUUAUGGCCUAUGGUUCAGCAAGUCAACUCUUGAGGACCUACUUUCCUGAAGGAAUGAGUGAAAGUUUAAUAAGGAAUAUUCUCUUUGGAGCGGUGAGAGGGUUGAAUUACCUGCAUCAGAAUGGCUAUAUUCAUAGGAGUUUUAAAGCCAGCCAUAUCCUCAUUUCUGGUGAUGGUCUGGUGACUCUCUCGGGCCUUUCCCAUCUGCAUAGUUUGAUUAAGCACGGACAGAGGCAUAGGGCUGUGUAUGAUUUUCCACAGUUCAGCACAUCAGUGCAGCCGUGGCUGAGUCCAGAACUACUGAGACAGGAUUUACAUGGGUAUAAUUUGAAGUCAGAUAUUUACAGUGUUGGGAUUACAGCAUGUGAAUUAGCCAGUGGGAAAGUACCUUUCCAGGACAUGCAUAGUACUCAGAUGCUGUUACAGAAACUGAAAGGUCCUCCUUAUAGCCCAUUGGAUAUCAGUAUUUUCCCUCAAACAGAAUCCAGAAUGAAAAGUUCCCGAUCAGGUGUAGAUUCUGGGAUUGGAGAAAGUGUAUUUGUCUCCAGUGGAACUCACACAGUAAACAGUGACCGGUUACAUACACCAUCCUCAAAAACCUUUUCUCCUGACUUCUUUAGCUUGGUACAGCUCUGUUUGCAACAAGAUCCUGAGAAAAGGCCAUCAGCAAGCAGUUUAUUGUCUCAUGUUUUCUUCAAACAGCCUUAUUUUGAGUUUCUUUAACAGAUGAAAGAAGAAAGCCAGGAUUCAAUACUUUCACUGUUGCCUCCUGCUUAUAACAAGCCAUCAAUAUCACUGCCUCCCGUAUUACCUUGGACUGAACCAGAAUGUGAUUUUCCUGAUAAAAAAGACUCAAAUUGGGAAUUCUAGGGCUGCCAAAUCAUUUUAUGUCCUAUAUACUUGACACUUCUUGCUGCUUUAUCUUCUGUAUUGCUAGGUACAAAUACCAGAAUUAUACUUGAAAAUACAGUUGAUGCACUGGAGAAUUAUCAUUUAAAACCACUUUUUAAAAGGGGAAUGAGUUAAUAGUCCUUCUGCUAGCUCAGAGUGCUAUAAGAACUCCAAGGAAACAUUGGAAUUAUUAAUCCAGCCACAGGUUGUGUCAUGGAUUCUUGAAUUUUUCCCCUAAGAUGUGACUAACUCCUCUCUUCAUCUCUCAAUAUAAUUUUUGAGCCAGUUGAUAUUUUUGGCAUUUUUCUGAGGAUGAGCCCUCAGAGGAUGGUAUCCAAGUACAUCUCUUUCUUCCAGAUUCUCUAGCCUCUUUGAUGAGCUGUUGUUAAACCAGAAGGCUAGUUUAGCCUGGCACCAGAUGUUUUUCUGGUAGAAGGGAAAAUGUUUAUCCUUUCCGUUUCUCUUUUGUUAACACAGUAACAUCAAACUGAGCCUCACUCAUGUUAAACGAUUCACUUGAAAUAUAUUGAAAAGUUGUAAUUUACUUUUUUUAAAAAUGGGGGCUAAAGUAACACUUUUCUACCUAUGUAAAUUAUGGACCCUAAAUUCACACACCCUGUGGGAGCUCAAUAAAAAUUUAUUGAAUUGA